AUGGAGCAGAGACACAUUCCCAACGAUUUUUCUUCCCUUCUCACCUUAUCUUCCGAGCCCGAGCAGCUCCUCUUGACGUCUCUUCAACGCAUUCUCAACACCUCCCCGCCUCAAUCUACCUACACGAAGUCCCAGCUCCAUGGCCUUUUCACCGGCCACACCGGCAUCGCCUAUCUCUUCCUUCACAUAUCCAGCUCACUCCCUCAGCUCCGUAUUCACGGCUACCCGGCUAUUCAUUGGGCUCGUGCCUACAUUUCUGGCGACAGGGGUCGCCUUGCCCUUGAGCCCGGCAACUGUGGGCUGGCCUGCGAGCGCCUCGCCCACCCAGCCGUGCGCGCUUGUAUCACCAAGGAUCUGAAAGACGUCCGAGACUUCCUCGCCCCUUUUCCCGACAUCAUUGGGCCUUUGCCGAGGCACACCGCCACUCGCCCGACCUCAUCCACAGGGAAGCAAGGAGGGGAAUCGGACCCAUUCCCUUCCGAGCUCGUCUACGGACGAGCAGGUGCUCUCUACCUUCUCCGCCUCGUCCGCCAUUGGGUUCCCACCUCAGCCCCGCUCGUCGAACGCUACGUCGUCCACCUAACCGACCGCAUCCUCGCCACCGACGACGGCGGCGCCGGCAACUGGCUCUGGUCAGGUACCCACUACCUCGGUGCCGCCCACGGCGACAUCGGAAUCCUCACCCAGCUCGUCCUCACCACCCCUCCGCUCGCCCCGCGCCUAACCCACCGCCUGGAGCGUCUGCUCGACCUGCAGUUCGAAGACGGCAACUGGCCCUCCUCCGUGCAACCGCCGCCGCCGCCAGGCGCUGGGACUACCGUAAAGAAGAAGAAAAAAGAGCUGGUGCAGUGGUGCCAUGGUGCCCCCGGCUUCGUCUUGUCGCUUCUCUCCCUACGACCUUUCUUCCCGUCUUUGAAGCACAGGAUCGACGCCGCCAUCGAAAAGGGCAGGGCCAUCACUUGGGACCACGGGUUGUUGCGCAAGGAACCGAGCCUCUGCCACGGUAUUUUAGGUAACGCGCUCAUCUUCCCGCCUGGCCCAGAAAGAGAACACUUCCUCGCCCUCGCAACGCCAGACAAGGUAACUGAGGCCCGCCGCGCCGACCCGUCCAUCUUCCGUCCCGCCUCGUACGGCAAGGACACCAUGCUCCUCAUGAACUACGACCCCAGUGCCGCCUGGACCGGGCUGGUGUGCGAGAGGAAGCUGCCUAAGAUGAUCCUAUACAACGACAUCUAA